AUGCCUUCCAAAUUGGACGCUUAUAAUUUCCAGGUUGUAACACGUUACUUUUUCUUUAGAAACGAUUUUACAAACUCGAUUCUCGUCUGUAAGAAAUUUUGUUGUAUUUUGGAUCGUUUUCGUUACAACCCCAUUCCAAUAUCGUCCAAACGACUGUUUCCGUAUAUGGAAACGCAACACUUGUACACAAAAUAUGAUGUUAAAAUACCAAAUAUUAAUAAUUUUGUUGUGUGGUAUAAAGUUGAUUAUUCAAAUUCAAAGAACUUGAUAAAAGACAACAAUUGGGAGUUCAAAAAUGUUCGUAUAACAUUAAAAGACAUCAAAUCUCUUAAUAUUACCAAUUUCGACGAUAUGAAAAAAAUAUUAAAAAACAAAAGUAUCAAAAUUCUUGGUAACCAUUUGUUUACUUCUUUCAACAUUAAAGAAUAUGUUCUUCCGGUUCACGUUACCAAACUUGAAAAAAACUUAUUUAUUGAAAAUAGUUCUAUUAAAAGUGUCACUUUAUGUGAUGGAAUCCGUUCUAUAUCAAAUUGUUGUUUUAAAGACUGCAUCCAAUUGACGUCAAUCAACUUUCCAUCGUCUGUGUCGUCUUUUAAAUACGAUUCUUUUGCGAAUUGUGGCUUUGAAUCAUUUUCGAUGCCUGACACUAUUUACUCGGUUGGAUGUGGGGCUCUAGAAAAUUGCAGAAAUUUAAAAGAUGUUGUUGUAUCACAAAAUGUGAGAACGAUACAUGCUACGUUUUAUUAUUGCACAAAUCUAACUCGAGUGGACUUGCCAAGUAAUUUAAAUGAAAUUAGUUAUGACUCAUUCAUGGGAUGUGUAAACCUCAAACGUAUUACCAUUCCAGAUACCGUUAGGUUUGUAUUUAACCAUGCUUUCGAAGACUGUUUGAACCUUCAAGAGCUUAUUUUUAAUGAAAAUUGUUUUAUUAGCAAUUCAGUAUUUGACGGCUGCACUUCUCUGACGAAAUUUGUUGUUCCUACUUUUAAUGAUAAGGUUCUAAAUGGAAUUUCGAGUGGUGAAAUUGAUAUUUACAAAAAAUUUUACACUGAUUUUAAAGAUAUUGAUGAGGAAUAUAUAAAUAUGGAUAGAGUCGAUUAUUGUGGUGAUUAUGAUGAUAAUGAGGGGAUUUUUGUUCUUUCAAAUAACAUUCAAAAUAUAUAUCCGCGUUUGUUUGAUGGUAAAGAAAAUAUGCGAAAACUAUAUAACACAGACCAAGUAACUCUAUUAAAGAAAAAUUGUUUCAGCAGUUGUAAAUUUUUGGAAGAAAUUACAUUCAAAAAAGACGUCAAAAUAGAGAGUGGUUGUUUUGAAAAUUGCACAUCACUCACAAAGCUUGAACUUUCCAAUGACAACAUGAAAGUGAGAUUUACACCAACUUUUCAAGAAAUAAAAAUUCUUGAUACAUUUGGGUACAAAUAUGACAAAGUUCUUUUUGAAUUUUCGAAAGAAGAUAUCGAUUAUUUUAAUGAUAUUAAGAAAUGUAAUUAUUUAGUAGAACUAAGUGGUCAUGUCAAAGGCAAAAACAAAAUACAAAAAAUUAAAAUCCCACAUAACGUUAUUUCAAUUCAAGAUGAAUUUUUCCAUGAAAGUAAAUUUAAGUCCAUUGAUUUGGGAAAUGUCCGUCAAAUUGGAGAUAACAUUUUUGGUCCAAAAUUACUUCACAUAACGAUACCAACAACACUUACUCAAAUUGGAAAAAAUGUUUUGGAUGACUGUAAAAAUCUGAAAAGUAUCGACUUGUGUGGGAAGAAAACAUUUGAUGGGUUUGUAAACAUCAAAACGAUGAGACGUUUAAAUGAAAUCAAUGUCAUAUGUAAAAACGUAUGUGUGCCGAUGGAAAUGCUUGCCUAUUUCAAAAAUUUUAACAUUAAACUCAAAAAAUCGACAGUUUUACAUUUGUUUUCAAAUUUUGUAGUCCCACAAAAUGUCUUGAGCAUCUCAGAAAAAUGUUUUUUGAAUUGUUACAAUCUUAAAGAGGUUGUUUUGCCUUCAACUUUGACAUCAAUAGAAAAAAUGGCAUUUUUCAAUUGUUAUUCGAUAAAAACAUUAAACCUUCCCGAUAGUCUCAAAAUGAUUGGGUCGUGUGCAUUUGAAAAUUGUGGGUUGACGAGUAUAUCAAUACCAACCAGUGUCACUCAAAUUGGUGAACCAGCAUUUUUGUGUUGUCGUGAUUUAAAAACUGUUGUUAUUCCAGAUAUAAUAGUCGAGUAUUGUAAUGUAUUUGAAAUGUGCCCUUUGUUAUCACAUGUUGAAAUUGUAAAAACACGUGAAAUUGGUUUAAAAUUCAAUUCCACUUUUGGGGAUAUUUGUUUCAAUUUGAAAAAUAUUAAUAUUCCAAACAAUGUGACUUCUAUUAAAGAAAAAUCAUUUUCAAAUUUUCUUACACUUACAAAAAUUUCUAUUGGAAAAUGUGUCGAACAAAUCGGAAAAAGCUGUUUUGAGAACUGUGAAAAUCUUAAAGAAAUAGAAAUUCCAAGUUCAGUGACUUAUAUAGCAAAUUUCGCGUUUAAAAAUUGCUCAAAAUUGGUCCAAAUAAAAUUUACAAAACAAGUGACGGAUGUAUCCCCUACAGCUUUUGAAAAAUGUGACAAAUUAACAGAAAUAUUUAUUGAAAAUAAAAUUGUUACUACUGUUGAUUUUCCAGUCACGUAUGAAAUCGCUCAAAUGUUUAAAACAAAUUCAAUUUAUUGUAACAACGUCAUAUUUUUUAAAAGUGACAUUAUACGAUAUUUAAAAAUUAAAGUUGUAAAUGGUAAAAGGAUUGGAGAAAUUCCAAAAGGUGUUGUUAAACUUUCUGAACAAUGUUUUCGUGGUUAUAAAGAAGUUGAUGUCAUUCGUAUACCAAAUAGCACACAAAAAAUUGGAGAUUUUUGUUUUUACCACUCGCCUAUAAAACAAGUUUUUAUUAUUGACAACCACAGCUUUAUAACAACAUUAAAAUUUUGGUUGUUGUUAGUUUGGGGAAAGUGCAAAACUUUAAAUAUAUUAUUUUUGAUUGUGAUAUGUUCUGGUAUAUUUAUUCUAUUAAUAUCUAUCACUCAACAAAACAAUGAUAUGUUUCCAUUUGAUAAUGACAAUUGA